UGUCACCCGAUUUUAAAGAUUCCGGAGCUCAAACCCUAUUGAACUUCACCCUCUUUCUCGCUCGUUCAAUCGCCUUCGGAAUUCGCCUUCGCCGCGGAAUCCAACUAGGGUUUUGGAAAACCCUCGCUGCAUCCGCCGCAAAACCCUCCCGAUCCCGGGGGCCGGAGCACGAUUCGAUGGCGGACGACGCCGCGCCAUCCCCUGCUGCGGGACCGAUCGGACACACCGUCAUCCCUAUCGUGAACAAACUCCAGGACAUCUUCGCCCAACUCGGGAGCUCGUCCACUAUCGAUCUCCCCCAGGUGGCGGUCGUCGGGAGCCAGAGCAGCGGCAAGUCGAGCGUUCUUGAAGCGUUGGUGGGCCGGGACUUCUUACCCAGGGGUUUGGAUAUUUGCACGCGGCGGCCGCUGGUGCUGCAGCUGGUGCACCGGCCGCGGAGAACGGAUGCGGCCGAAGGAGGGGAGGAGUGGGGGGAAUUCCUCCACUUGAACGGGCAGAAGUUCUUCGACUUCUCAGAGAUUCGUCGGGAGAUCCAGGCAGAAACAGAAAGAGAAGCUGGGGGAAACAAAGGUGUUUCUGAUAAGCAGAUUCGUCUGAAGAUUUUUUCUCCAAAUGUCCUGAAUAUCACUCUUGUUGACUUACCUGGAAUUACUAAAGUACCGGUUGGUGACCAACCUAGUGAUAUUGAGGCAAGAAUUAGAACAAUGAUAUUGUCUUACAUCAAGCAUAAGACAUGCAUUAUAUUAGCAGUUUCACCAGCAAAUGCAGACUUGGCAAAUUCUGAUGCACUUCAAAUGGCGAGAAUUGCAGAUCCAGAUGGUUCUCGCACAAUUGGUGUCAUCACAAAGUUGGAUAUAAUGGACAGAGGUACCGAUGCACGCAACUUUUUGUUAGGAAAUGUGAUACCACUUCGACUUGGUUAUGUGGGUAUUGUAAAUCGUAGUCAGCAGGACAUCAACUUGAAUCGUAGUAUCAAAGAUGCAUUGGCAUUUGAAGAAAACUUCUUCCGCAAACAGCCUGCAUAUCAUGGCCUUUCUCAUUGUUGUGGGGUUCCUCAGUUAGCCAAGAAACUGAAUCAGAUUUUAGUACAACACAUUAAGAAUGUCCUUCCGGGGUUGAAGUCUCGCAUAAAUGCCCAAUUGGUUGCUGUUGCAAAGGAGCAUGCGGCCUAUGGUGAUGUAGCAGAAUCAAAGGCUGGAAUGGGGGUUAAACUGUUGAACAUUCUUACAAAAUAUUGUGAAGCUUUCUCUUCUAUUGUGGAAGGGAAGAAUGAAGAAUUGUCAACUGAUGAGCUAUCCGGUGGUGCUCGUAUACAUUACAUAUUUCAGUCUAUCUUUGUGAAGAGUUUAGAGGAAGUUGAUCCUUGUGAGGAUGUAACUGAUGAAGAUAUCCGCAUGGCUAUUCAAAAUGCAACUGGUCCAAAAAGUGCACUCUUUGUACCAGAGGUGCCAUUUGAAGUUUUAGUUCGAAGGCAGAUAGGUCGUCUGCUAGAUCCAAGUCUUCAGUGUGCAAAGUUUAUCUAUGAUGAACUAAUAAAGAUGAGCCACCGUUGUUUAGCUAGUGAGUUGCAGCGUUUUCCUGUCCUUCGAAAGUCAAUGGAUGAGGUAGUUGGGAGCUUCUUAAGGGAAGGCCUUCAACCUGCAGAGACAAUGAUUACUCAUAUCAUCGAGAUGGAGAUGGAUUAUAUAAACACUUCUCAUCCAAACUUUGUUGGUGGAAGUAAGGCUGUAGAAGUCGCCCAGCAGCAAGUCAAAUCUGCAAGGUUGGCAGCAUCAGCACCUAGAGCUAAGGAUGGAGUUGAUUCUGAUAAGCUGCAAGCUUCUGUAAAGAAUCUAAAAUCUCGUGCUAUCAUUGCCAAAUCUGGAGCAAAUGGAGUUGUUCCUGAUCAUCAUCAGGAUGCUCGAAUUGUUGGGGAUUCUGACAGACCAGGUUCAUCUGGUAGUACGACUGGAUCGAGCUGGGUUUCAUCAAUUUUUGGUGUUAGUGAAGACCGUCCAUCUUUGAAAGAGGUUCCAGUGAACAAGCCUUAUGGCAUGCCUGUUCAUAAUGUUGAAACUUCACUCUCUAUGAUCCAAUUGAGAGAGCCACCAAUAAUCUUGAAACCCUCAGAGAAUCAGACUGAGCAGGAGGCUCUGGAGAUAGCAAUCACAAAAUUGUUGCUGAAAUCAUAUUAUGAUAUUGUGAGAAAGAAUAUUGAGGACUCUGUGCCGAAGGCAAUAAUGCACUUCCUGGUAAAUCAUACAAAACGUGAGCUGCAUAAUGUGUUUAUCAGGAAGCUUUACAGAGAAAACCUAUUUGAAGACCUGCUGAGGGAGCCUGAUGACAUUACUGCCAGAAGGAAACGUAUACGUGAAACUCUCUGGGUUUUGCAGCAGGCUUAUAAGACAAUAGAUGAGAUCCCACUUGAAGCCGAGUCUAUCGAGAAGGGCUAUACAUUAGAUGCUGAUCCAACUGGUCUCCCAAAGAUACAUGUGCAUCCUUCAUCCUUUUAUGCAGGGAACAACGAUCUAACCUCCCAAUAUUCAGCUUCACCCAAGAAUCCGAGACCUAGGAAGUCGGCACACUCAGGAGAACAACCGCCUCCACUGUUUUCAAGCUCUGUUGCCAAUGGCCUGGGAUCCUAUCCCACUUUUGAUGUUUGAUCACUCACUGCAAGUUGUGGAUUUAGUCUACUUCCCACAAAUUGGUACACGUGGUUUCAUUUUCUUUUUUGGAUGCCAAUGCGAGCAGUGCAUUUUGGUUUUUUUUUUUUUUUCCUGUCUGUAUAACACUCGUUUUACUUUUUUUUUCUCAUCAUAGUCUAUCUUCAUAUAAAGCUGACCCAUUAGAAAAAUGUGGCAGCUUACUACUGGCAUUUGCGCUUUAAUUUGAAGUGGAUCUGCUGCUGGCAGUAUCCAUAUCCUAUUUAAGGAAUUUGCUAGGAUUUUUCUUCAGCUGUUGACUUGAAGCUAUUGAUUGAAUGAGGGUUUUGCGCAAUCUAA